UUUCUCAAAACUUUAAAGAAUGUCUCUGUGCCGGAUGGUUACUCAAGUAAUAUUUCUCGUGGUAUUGAUCUGGAUAAUAAGAGGAUAUUUGGAUUAAAGACUCACGAUUGUCACAUCAUUAUGGAGCAAUUAUUGCCCAUAGCAAUUCGAAAUGUGCUUCCAAACCAGGUUGUUGCAGCCUUGGCAGAGCUUUCUUCAUUUUUUAGACAACUUUGUUCGAAAACCUUGAGCCUCUCGGACCUUGAAAAGCUACAAGAUCGGAUUGUACUCACACUUUGCCACUUAGAGAUAUUGUUCCCUACAUCCUUUUUUACUGUAAUGGUUCAUUUAACUGUCCAUCUAGUGGAUGAAGUAAUGAAAGGUGGUCCGGUACAUUAUCGGUGGAUGUAUUUUGUUGAAAGAUUGUUAGGCCAUUUCAAGUCCCUUGUAGGGAAUAAAUCACAACCAGAAGGUUCCAUAGCUGAAGGUUACAUAGUUGAAGAAGCUCUGACUCUUUAUUCUCGUUAUUUUGAGGAUAUGGAGUCGAGAGUAAAUAGGCCUAAACGUGUAAAUGAUGAACCAAAUCAUAACAUGGCUCCUGAGGAAUCAUCUUUAUUCCCUCCACAAGGUAAACCUGUCGUAGGCUCAAAUUUCCCUUUGACUCAACUGGAGAAGACUCAAGCUCAUCGAUAUGUGUUACUUAAUUGUGCAGCAGUAAAGCCGUUUAUUGAGUAAGAAAUAUAAAUUUAUUUGAAUUCUGACAAAAACAUUAGAGUAAAGUGAUUUAAAUUGAUACAGUCAACUCCUUCGUAGUGAAUUUAGAGAUCACAUAAGAAGGAGUUCAAGAGGUCGUCGAAAACUUUUGCCAACAGAAAUAGAAAAGAGAGUUAAUAAGGAGUUUCCUGAUUGGUUUCCAAAGAGAAUUAUGAAUCCGGAUAUAGCCAAUACAAUCUCUACUGAUUUGGAGUUUUUAGCACGGGGUCCGAUGACAAAUGCAAGAAGGUUCACUGCUUAUAACAUUAAUGGAUUCAAAUUUCGGACUUUGUCUAGAGAACAAGGAUCGAAAACUCAAAACAGUGGAGUUUUCCUUACCUCUGACACCUCGUGUAUUGCAUCUAAUGCUGAUAGAUAUGCGAGGCAAGCUGACUUGCCAUAUUAUGGGAAGGUGGAAGAUAUUAUUGAGCUUAAUUAUUAUGGUCGAUUCAGGGUUUGUCUCUUUAAAUGUCAAUGGGCUGACACUACUCGGAGUAGAGGGUUCAAAAGAGAUGCUUGGAAUUUUAAUUGUGUCAAUUUUUCUAGAUUGAUUCACACCGGCGAUCGUGAGGAUCAUGAUCCUUAUAUUGAAGCAUCUCAAGCAAAUAUGGUCUAUUAUGUUGAUGAUGAAACUGAUGAAGGAUGGAGUGUGGUUGUACAUUUAAAGCCAAGAGAUUUGUUUGACAUGGGAGAGCUUGAUGAAGGAGAAAUGUACGAGAAUGAGCCAUACCAACAACAAGAUUUUGAUCAAUUUUUUGAUGUUGAUUAUGAAAAUGUCCCAGUUGCAAUAGAGGAGCAUAUGUCUGAAUAGGAAUUAAGCUCCUUAGUUCAAUGCCAAAUCAGUAGUAGUUUUUCAUUCCGUUCCUUAGUUCUUAUUGGUAAUUUAGCUGCAAUCUCCAUUUAUAAAUCAGAAAAUUGUCCCAAAAACCUUGCAUUCUUUAAUUUUUUUUUCCAGAUCUUACCAAAAUUUGCUGAAUAUCCUGAUAUGCCGAAGCCCAAGCGUUACGAGAACGUACAGAACUCAGUUCACUCAGCAUCUACUUCACGAGGUGCAGCACAAUCUUCAUCAACAACUGAAUCAGAACCUUCACAUUUUCAUGAUACACCAUUACCUCAUCAACUACUGAAUCAGAAUCUUCGUCAACAACGGCUGACUUCAUUUCUUCAACCGAUACCACGGCGGACUCCUUCAGUUCAGGAUUCAGCACAGCCAACUCCAUCAGUUCAGACCACAACGCAGCCGAUUCCAUCAGGUCAAACCACAACGCAGCCGAUUCCAUCAGGUCAAACCACAACGCAGCCGAUUCCAUCAAUUCAAACUGCGUCACAGUCGAAACCACCUAAAAAGUCUAGUGGACGUGAGUCUAUGUCACAUUGGACGGUAGAUGCAAUUGAUUCACAAGGAGCUAUCAAGAAACUCAAACUGAAGAAAACGGACGUGUUCAAUCUAUCUAAUGGAGAACGUAUUGUGGUUGAUUUUGACGACUUAGAUUCUCCUAUUGGCGAAGGACAAGGCAUUCUUGCAGGUUUUUGUGGAAUUUUAGCAAGAGACAGCUCCAUAUUUCCAGUUCACUUUGAAAAAUGGUCGGAUUUACCUGCAGCAUACUUCAACAAUUGCUUUGAUCAAUUUAUAAAGCCGCGAUUUUGUUUUAGGACCAGCGAGUCAAAUGCAAGGCGAUAUGCAUAUAGUUCGAUGUGUAAGAAGUGGGGUGCAAGAAGGCUAAAGUUGUUUAAUGCAAUUGAUGACCCACUUAAGAGCAGAGAUCAGAUAAGAGCUGAGGCAAUUAAUAAAGUUCCAGAUGGGAUUCCACGGGAUCAAUGGAUUUCUUAUGUUGAUUACCGCCUUAAAGAAAAAACAAGGGAAAUGUGCAAAAUAAAUGCUGAAAUUCGGAAGACACAAACCAUUUCACACAUCGGUGGCUCCAAACCCAACUCCAAAAGAAGGGCUGAAAUGGAAAAAAUUGAGCAAGCCAUGACUCAAAGCACCGCAGAUGAGUCCGAGAUUUCGCCAAAUCAUGCCGUCGGAAAGGUACUAGGAAAAGAGCAUUCCGGACGGGUAAGGUGCUUGGGAUUAGGAGCCGUCCCAAGUAGAGCUUUUAAACAAACAAGACCCCGUUAUAGUGAUUUGAAUGCUUCAAGUUACAAUAAUGGUUCAUGUUCUUCUCAAUGGCAAGAGAAGUACAAUCAGAUGUUGAGUGCUCACAACAAAAGCCAAGACGACCUCAAUUUUCGAUGAAUGCUCACACCGAAAUGAUGAGCGCUUUCAAGAUGUAUAUGAUAAGGAAAGAAGGAGAAUACCCGAAGAAUUUGUGGGAUCUUUGUUUCUACUACUCCUCCUUCAACGCCAAGUGAUGCAGCUAGUGGACACGCUUCACCCACGGACGUAAGAAGAUCAUUUGGUGGCAGUAAUCGUAAUGGCAACCAAUGAAGUUCCGUGCAAUUGCAUUAGACAAUUAAGUAUGGUAGUUGAUUGAAUGGACGUAGCAGAUCCUUUAUGAUUAGUGGUCUGAGUGGAUGUGUUUAAUGUUAGCUUUUGAGACUAAUGAGGAUACUGAUGUUGGAGUGAAUGUGUUUAAUAUUAGGUUUGAGACUAAUGAUAAUACUUGCUUUAUGUUAAUGUCAAUAUGGCUUAAUAAUA